UCAGCUGGAUCUCAUCAAAUAAAUCAGCACACAGUUCCAGCACUCUGAUGGAGGAGCUCUUUGAGUUGGAAACUAUCUUUGGACCUGAAUUAUGAAGAAAAACCAGCAGAUAAAAUACGAGAGGGGCGAUGCAAAGACCCGAAAAAGAAGAACUGAAAUCAAGAAGCCCAAGAAUGAUUCAUCUAAGACCUUCACCAAAACAGAAUCCACCUUCCAUCAAAGAACAGAAAGAGAAGACAAACCGUACUGCUGUGACCAGUGUGGAAAAUGCUGGGGAAAAUUACAAAGCCUUAGAUUGCACCAGCGAAUUCACAUUGGCAAAAAAACAUACUGCUGUGGUCAAUGUGGAAUGAGUUUUACACGAAUGGAUAAUCUGAAAAUGCAUCAGCAAGUUCAUGCAGGGGAAAAACCCUAUAGAUGCGAUCAAUGUGGCGAAGACUUUGCAUACUCAUGGAAAUUAAAAUGCCAUCCGUGCAAGCAUACUCCUGAGAACUCAAAUCGGGAUCAGAGUGGAAAAGCAUUUGAACUCACUAGUGAGCUGAAAACUCCCCAGCUUGGGCGUUCUAAGCAGAAGUCACACAGCUGUUCUCACUGUGGAAAAGAAUUUACCCAAAAACAUGGACUGGAACUUCAUUUGCUUAUUCAUUCAGGUGUGAAACAAUAUAGCUGUGAUCAAUGUGGAAAAUGUUUUGCACGCAAGUACCAAUUACCAGUACACAAGAGGGUUCACACUGGAGAAAAGUCUUAUGUAUGUGGUCAGUGUGGGAGAGCUUUUGUAUUUUCAAGUGGUUUAUCGAGGCACAGAAACAGCCACACACCUGAGGGCAAAUACAGAUGUGACAAAUGCGGCAAAACGUUUACAUGUUCAGACUAUUUAAAAUCCCAUUAUCGUGUACAUACUGGAGAGAGACCCUACUGGUGUGAACGCUGUGGGAAUACUUUUGGUUAUCAAAAAAAUUUACGGCGGCAUCAGCGUGUCCACACUGGAGGGAAACCAUAAUGUUUUGAUGCAAGACUACCAUUACACAGAAUGGCUAUGGAAAACAAUGGCCUAAAGCAACUAGUUUUCCAUCAGCUGCUGUGAAAACACUUUUGCUGUGCUUUUAACAUCAAGCUGUUAUUCUCCAUGUGUUUUUUUUUUUUCAAUCUUUGGACCAUUAUUUUUGUCUAAAUGGUAUCAUAAAAGGAAAGUGAAAUAUUGCUGAAAGACCUUUUGGGUUUUACUUCUGAGGACAAAUAAAAUUCAACUGAAAGCAAAUUUUCAGGAAUUGUAUUUAUUUAGCAUAAUCUACCUAGUUCUCUAAGAUAUUAAAACAGGUUCCAUGUGUUAUAAAACCUUUUUGCCAUGUUGUGUACUUAUCAACUGACUAGUUAUCUAGACCUAUGUCUGUUUAUACUCUUUAUUCUGCC